GCAACAGUGGGAGGUUAUUUCUCAAAUUGAAAAACAACUACCUGUUGAGGCCAUUGUGCAGGCACGAAGAAUAAUCCGUAGUAGAGCAGCAUCAUCUGGUCAACAGUCAAAGGAUGGUGGUCAAGAAUCUAGGAUGAGCAGGAUUUGUUGGAAAAUUUGUCAGUCACUUUCCCUUAUAUUGAUUUUCAUUAGCAGUGUGCUUCAUUCUGUUAAAUGUUUUUUCCUCUUGAAGAAAUUGCUGGUCAGGAACCAAGAUAUCUGUCAAAAACUUGGCGCCAUAAAUGAAGAUUCCAUCCUAGGAAGUCACAUUUGCCUAUAUGUCAGGGAAUUUUCCAUUUUAAUUUCACCAGAUGUUGAAGUUUAUCCAUCCUUUAGUAGGAAGCUGCUAUCAGAUGUUGGGCUUUCAUACCCUGGUUUAGUCAGAUUCUGUCUCUCCAUUGAUUUCUUCUGCUUAAGGUACUCCGAAGAUGUCUCUGAACAGUAUUUUUCCUUUGCAUGUGGAUCCUUGAAGGUUGUCUCUUCUUAUCUUACAGAAGAUAAGACCAAUAAGUUCAAUAAUAACUUCAAAGGACGUCGGAGAAAAAAUUUUCACAAUCUGCAACCUACUUUAUGGGGAGAGCCAAACCAAAUUCUCCACUCCACUGAAAGUGGUGGGGCUAAUCCUCCUCGUGAUACUGAUGGAGAUUUUGUACAUACCCCGAAAUCUCUUAUAGAACAAGCAUGCCUGAAUUGGAGAAAAUAUUCAUCAAGAUUUGGAGAAAAUGAGAUCCAGAACAUGGAGGAUCCUUUUAUUCUUUGUGAGAUAAAGGGCUUUUUGACCGAUCAAAGCCUCAAGAACCUUACUGCUGGAUACACUAGUUGUUGCAUGGUAAUGGGGACGUUGAAUUUAGUUCUGGAUUAUUUAGUGAUAGUGUCAAUUACAGUUAUUUGCAGACAGAUAUGUGCGAUACCUUGGACUACUAGCCGCAUGGGGAGCACUGCUGUACAGGGAGUUUCUGGAUUAGUUGAGGAUCCGCUAGUUGCAGAUUGGAAUAGCAAUUACAAACCAUUUUCUUCUGGAAUUAAGGUUAUGGUGCCUAGACUUCUUCCUGAGAAACAUAUGCAAAUAGCGGUACACAUUGCUGGUCCACGAAUCAAGCUGACAUUGAGAAAGGAGGAUUUUCAUGGUGCGGACGCGGAUCUGUAUCUUAAGCUUGGGAAUGACGUACACCUUUCUUUUGAUGCUGACGACAUUGAACUGGGUGUCUCACCAAGUUUGGAGUCUGAUUUGACUUCCUCAAGUGGAGAUACUGCAGUUUUUGAUGCAAAACCGUUGAAGGACCUUCAGCAGAUGGAUAUUGCUAAACCAAAUGGUGAAGUUAAUAGCAGUCGAGGGUGCACUUCACUUUGUGCCUACAUGAAACUUAAAGGUCUGAAAGUUUCCCUCGACAAGUUAUGGGAUAAUCAGGGUGGCCAAAUUGUCGUGUUAAAUCCUUUAACUAUCCAACUGUUAUCUUUGAGGAAGGAUCUGCAUUCUUUGGGCUCAAUAGAUAUUGCUUUCUCUGUUGCAUUGCAUUGCACGAGUACUGGAUUGACGACUCUGGUAUUUAUGGAUGAAUGUGCAGUUCUGCUAAAGGUGUUUCUCUUCUCUUGGUGCCUUUUGAGACGUUCACCUUAUUCUACUGUGUACUUCUUUAAUCUGGCAGUCUUUAAGAUUGUGUUUGUGAAAUUCAAGUCUUCCCUUGUCGUCCAAACUGUUAGAUUAAUUGAAAUAGGAAAGACUAAGUUCCUUCGCUGUUUUCUCCAAUAUGGUAUUGGAUACUAUCCCCCUGGCACUGAAGAUGUUGUUCCAUCCUUCCAUGAGUCAUUUUGUGGUUCAUUUAUCAAGAAAUACAGGAAGCCAGAGUAUGGAAACACUGGCACUUCAGCCUGA